AUGAAUGGGAUCCACACACGACCAAUCUGCGAAGAUAGAGAAGCGGAGUUGGUGUGCCCGUUGGGAACAGUGAUCUCGGUGACGCUGGCAAACUAUGGUCGUUUCUCGAUGCAAGAGUGUAACCCAGCCGGGGACACCGAGUUGCGCGUUGACUGCGCGAACCCGGCUACAAAGGAGAUCCUGGAGAAGCUUUGUUCCGGGAAGAAAACGUGUAUCUUCAAAGUGGAUAAAUAUCUAUUCAAUGACCCAUGUCCGGGCACUUCCAAAUAUUUGGAGGCCUCAUACACGUGUGAGGAAGGUGAGGGGAGAUCAAGUCGUGUAAUCGGAGUUUGCAAUGGUGUUCGUUUGUGUGAAGUGGAGGUGAACAACGAGAAAUUCGGGGACACGUGUCCGGGAACGUCGAAAUAUCUGGAAGUCAAUUGGGAUUGUCUACCGGAAACAACGACAACUACGACGACAACUCCUUCAACGACAACAUUGGAGGGAAAAGAUGUCGAUUCCGGCGAGAAAUCGGACGAAAUUGGCAAAGAAAUCGACUCCGAGGCUUUCUCAAAGAAAAAGUGCUUAUCAACGCGGAAAGAGGGCUUCGAUUGGCCGACGACCGCCGCCGGGCACACCCAUCACACCAAGUGCACAGAUGAGCGACAUGGUGAAAUGGAGUGGAAUUGCGAGAAGACUGGAGAAUGGGCAGCCCGGGGACCGAACACGAACGGUUGUUGGAGUGAGUGGACGGAGACGAGAAGGAAUCAGAUGAACGAGGCGGCUGGAAAAGAUGAUUAUACGGGGAUCGCCGAUGUGAUCCGUCAGCUACGAGCCGACUCAAAGCGUCCGAUGGCGGGCGGGGAUUUGCGCAAAAUCGUGAACCUCUUGGAGAGUGCCACCGAGAGGAUCGUGGCCACGCCAGAAAGUCGACCAGUUCGGAAGCAGAUCACAUCGCUUGUCAUCGAGAUUGGUCAAAAUGUGAACAAAAACAAGGAAAUUUGGCAGUGGUCGAGCGGUGAGGAGAAGAGAGAUUAUGGUAGCCGUUUGAUGGACACCGUCGAGCAGUUGACCAUUUCGGCCGGUUUAGGCAAAGGGGAGAGCACUGAGAGCUACGUUCAGCCGUUGAUUCGAACCGAGUUGGCGAAGAUUAAGCUCUCACACUCCGAAAAGGAGAACUAUUUUGUGGUGCCGUCGAUGGCCAUGUGGGACAGCAAUCGGGUGGACACGGUGGACAUCCCGAAAGAGGCUUUUGUUCAACUUCAACAAAAAGACACUUCUGAAGUCUACUACUCUCAGUGGGAAUCAUUGGGAGACUUCAUGGAGCCUCCACCGCAACAAAUCGUUCGCGAGGUGGCCGGCAAGAAGGGUGUCUUUAAGGAGGGAGAGCGAGUGCGCAAAAUCGUUUCCCGAAUCAUCGGCGCCUCGAUUCUCGCCGACGGUAAAGCGAAAAACGUCGGAUCGCUUGGGAAACCGGUGGUUCUCUCAUUCCAUCACUCGCCCGAAGCGCUUCGUGGACUUGCCAAUGCGGAGUGUGUCUUCUGGAACAAGCAGAAAAUAAAGUGGGACAACACCGGGUGCCGACUCAACUCGCACAACGAGUCGCUCACCGUGUGCCUUUGCGAUCAUUUGACCCAUUUCGCCGUGUUAAUGGACUUUCAGGGACAUGAGCUCUCGACGUUCGACGAGCAAAUGUUGACCUUUAUCACGUAUGCCGGGUGCACGGUCUCCAUUUUUUGCCUUCUCUUCACCUUUGUCGCUUUCCAAUGUUUCAGCCAAGGAGGGGGCGAUCGCGUGUUCAUCCACAAGAAUUUGUGUCUCUCGCUAGUGUUGGCCGAAAUGGUUUUCCUUUUUGGAAUCUGGCAAACAGAUAAGAGGUUGGAGUGCUCGAUCAUCGCCGGCGUCUUGAUGUACCUCUUUUUGGCGGCAUUGACGUGGAUGCUGUUGGAGGGUUUCCAGCUGUAUCAUAUGCUUGUUGAGGUUUUCCCAAAGGGAUCGAAGAAAAUUCGGCUUUUCGUCGUUGGUUACGGACUACCACUAUUUUCGGUGAUCGGCGCGUGCUUCCACGACACGAACGGCUUCGGCACACAGAAACAUUGCUGGCUUCGCAGCGACAGUUUGUUCACUCUAUGGUUCAUCGUGCCGGCGGGGAUCAUUCUCUGCGCGAACACCGGCUUCUUGGUGAUGACUUUGUGCAUCGUUUGUCGGCACUCGAAUGGCGGUUAUUUGCCAUGUAAACGCGAGGAGGAUGGUGGGAGGAGUGUUAGAACCUGGGUGAAAGGCGCGAUGGGCGUCUCUUGCUUGCUCGGUGUCACGUGGACUUUCGGGUUGUUGUGGGUGGACGACGGGAAGAGUAUCGUCGCCGCAUACACAUUCACCAUUUUCAACUCUCUACAAGGAUUGUUCAUCUUUCUUUUCCAUGUCGCUUUUUCGGAAAAGAUGAGGAGAGACGCUAGAAAAUGGUUCUCCCGACGUGGUUGUGUUUCUUCGGAAAGCGAUUCGAAGCGCGGAAACGAGCGCCAAUCUCCGAAUGGUAGCGCCAGCGGGACGGGUAGCGAAUUCUUGUACCCCUCCACGGCGGGCGAGGUGAUUAAAUACGGGCUGAAUGGGCGCGCGGUGAUUCUAGAGAGUGACGGGCGCGCUUUCCCGCCCAAUCCCUACCAACCCCAAGCCAUCUAUGGCGCCGAUGUGCACGGCCAUCCCGUCUACCAAUAUCAACAUUUACCGCCCAACCAUCCCCGCCUUGUGCACCAUCAACAACAACAUCCGUAUCACACGCAAAUACAUGCGCCAAUCUACGAGUAUGAUACAAUUUCCUAUGGAGACAUGUUGCCGAAUGGGCAAAUUUUUCGCUCACCACCGCCUUUUGUCUCGAGAACUUUGCAAAGGAGCCCAUAUCAACAGGACUCCCACCGAGGUUCUCCACAAGAUUUUCGACUGGGUUACCCUGGGUAUCCUGGCCCAACAGCUCCAGAUCUCCACCAACCGCAUUUUCAUCGACCACCACCCGAAUUCAGCCCUCCACCGCCACCCGCAGAAGUGCCGAGAAAUUUGGCAGCCGCAGCGCAACAGCACCUCAUCGGAACCACUUCAGCCGGCGUUGUCGCCAUGAAUCGACGUCCCCCGUCGAGCAAAGCCAGCGACGAUUCCGCCUACUCGGAGCACCCAUUUCCGAGUUCUCGAUACGAUGACUCCGAUGGCGGCCGCUCGUCCGUUUUAACCCACGAGGUCAUCCCGAAUGGCUCCACCGUUUUGCGCAUCGAUCUCUCCAAAAAUCCGCCGAUUUUCGCCCAUGAAGUC